AUGUCCCUUCUUCAUGCUCUUCGACGACCACCACGGCUCAAUAUCUGCUGCGUCGUCCGGAGGGCGUACACUAGCAAGGGAGAGGCGCCAAAAAAUGUUGGGAUGAAGGCAGAAACACCGGUGGACGGGGAGGAAUCACCAGCAGGGACCUUUUCGAAGUCUUCGUGCGAGCCAAAUACGAUCUUGGAUGGGCUCGCGUAUCUUAAGGACCAGCCGCCAGUAAUUGCGCUGCCAGACGAGGAGUACCCGGAGUGGCUGUGGACCCUGCUGAGCCCGAAGGUAUUGGAGGACGAUGGGCCGGGUGGGAAGGCGGAGAAGCGUAGGAUGAGGCAGGAGAACCGAAAACGAAUACGCGACCAGAAUUUCAUGAAGACACAGUAG